GGUCGAGGAGGUUCGUGGACCGGAGAUAGUUCGGUGGCUCACCUAACUGUCACUUAAAGCUCAGGAGGAGUUGAUGGUUCAGUGAUUCAUACCCCGCAGAGGUUGGCAGAUAUCAGACAGCACCGACCGACAUGAGCGGCAAAACAGAAGUCAGCUUUGAUCCAAAAGAGCACCAACACCUGCGUUACAACCCUCUGCGGGACACCUGGGUCCUCGUGUCGGCCCACCGCAUGAAGAGACCCUGGGCAGGUCAGGUAGAGAAACCUCCCGAGGAACACAUACCCAGACACGACCCCCGCAACCCACUCUGUCCCGGCAACACACGCGCAAAUGGAGAGGUAAAUCCAGACUAUGACAGCACUUUCCUUUUUGAAAAUGACUUUCCCGCUCUUCAGCCGGAUGCACCAGAUCCUGGCUCAGAUCAACAUCCACUGUUCCAGUCCAAAGCUGCCAGGGGCGUCUGUAAGGUCAUGUGUUUCCAUCCCUGGUCAGACGUCACCCUCCCUCUCAUGAAAAGACAAGAGGUUGUCAAGGUGAUUGACAAGUGGGCAGAGCUUGUUGAGGAACUAGGAAGCACGUACCCCUGGGUGCAGAUCUUUGAGAACAAAGGAGCUACGAUGGGCUGUUCAAAUCCACAUCCUCACUGUCAGGUGUGGGCCAGCAGCUUCCUUCCUAAUGAGCCGGCUCUGUCAGACCGCAGUCAGAGAGCCUACCACCAGAAACAUGGAGAACCGCUGCUGCUGCAAUACGCCAAACAAGAGGCUGAGAAAAAGGAGCGUGUAGUGGUGGAGACGUCUGAUUGGCUGGCGGUGGUUCCAUAUUGGGCAACGUGGCCCUACCAAACGCUUUUGUUACCACGAAGACAUGUCCUCAGGAUCAAUGACCUCACCACAGAGGAGAGGGAGGGUCUGGCUGACAUCAUGAAGCGACUGCUGACCAAGUAUGACAAUCUGUUUGAGAUCUCGUUCCCCUACUCCAUGGGCUGGCACGGAGCCCCGACGGGCCCCCAUUUAAAGGAAGACAACUCUCACUGGCAGCUUCAUGCUCACUACUACCCUCCUCUGCUGCGUUCAGCCACAGUGAAGAAGUUCAUGGUGGGCUAUGAGAUGCUCGCCCAGGAGCAAAGGGACCUCACUCCUGAGCAGGCUGCUGAGAAGCUAAGGAACCUACCAGGAGAACACUACACUACUACGCAAUGACGUGUAACGCGACUAGUGCAGCAUGUUGACGUGCCUUUGCGAACCCAGGGAUUUAAGAUAUUCUUCUUGUAUAUAUGAAUAUACAUGUACUGCGCUGGUACUGAAAUGGACCUCAAACAAAAUUUGCUACCAAUCUCCGAAUCCAUGUUUUGGGGAGAUAAUUGGAGAACAUUACCCCCCCCCCCCACACACACACACACACACACACUCCCGCUGUUCCUUCUGUUGAAAUUAAACAAACUGUGUUUGUUGUUUCGUUUUGCUGUAAGCCUUCGACCACGCAGUGUUCUUCUUUCCAAUAACAAAAGGAGUUGUUUGUGACUCAAACAAUUGAGUUUGUUUCUUGUGAAUGUAGUCUCAUGGAAAACAAAUCAUUCUUGAAGUCGUUAACCGUUUCACCGCUUUACGCCUCAAAAGGUUUGCUUUAUUUCAUUUAGAACAAGGAUUUAACGGUAACAAUGUCGUCUGACAAUGUAAGACGACCAAGAGCAUUGUUAUUGAUUCUGAAAAACACCUUAAUCAGAGUUCUUAAAACAUAUACAUGUCACAGAUGGAACAUGUGUAAAACUAAAGGCAUGAUGUCAUGUGUACUUUGUUGGUAUGCGCAUGACACGACUGCACUGACAAAUGUGAUAAAGACACAUAUUUGACACUACACCUGAUGAUGGUUGACGCAAAACGUUCCUGAAUCACAAGUAUUCCGAAUACGGGGGAAGAAUUAAGGAUUGAUUUGGGGCUCUCAUGCGUUUGAUUAUUUCAGCACCACGGAGAGAGACACCCUUUUGAAAAGCAGAUGAGUAAUGAUCUGGUCUAGACAUACUGUCUCAGAAUGGAUCUGUCCAACACCCCGUCGAUUACUUGACACUUCUGACCCGGAAGGCCAUGCUGUGUUGUACAAAACAAAGCACUAUAAACUUCACAUGUUUUAAACUCCUUCUACGUGGGCGUGUCCAUGGACAGUUCAUUCAAAUUACUUUAUUGUAAUGACAUACUUCUAAAAUUAGAUUCUGAAUAUCAGCUGUUUCGAGAAAGAUGUAUGCAGGGAAAUCAAAAACUCCGUAACUAAUAACAAACCUAAGGGAUUACCAAGAGUGCGUAACAGUGGGCAAAGACCUGGUGAGCUCGAGGGGUCAUGCGGAUGGAGAUACUUCGUCAUUCAAUCAUUUCAAUUCAAUUGCAAUAAGAGCUAAAAUAAGCUCUAAAAGUAAAUGGGUUAAAAAAAAAAGUUAAAUUGUGUCUAGCACGUGAUUGUAAAUCAUGCAAAUAAAAAUACCAAGUUAAUUCUUGACAUGAUAAAUGAGGUGUGCUAUCACCAUGACAACGGCAGGUGGCAGUGUUGCUUACAAAGUGGAGGCAGAUGAGCUGCCUUUAGGCUGAGAAUCUGACUGCAUUUUAAAGUAUUGAUUUAAAGUAAAGCAAUAAUCUCUUUGUAAUCACUUGAAAUAAAAGCCUGCAUGCUUGCACAUCUUUUCACCUCCAGCGGGGAGGUCAAGGUCAGCUACAGAGCAUAAGGGUGUCAUUCAGGGACGUCUCAAAUUAUGUUUGUUGGUUUUCAGCUUGAUCUAACGGCCGACCAUGUCCUCUUCGGAUCAGUCUGUGAUAAAUAUCACAGGACACAUUUGGUGAGAAUGUACAAAAAGAUCAAGAUGUGCAAAGAUCGAGCAAAUCAUAGAACCACGUGGGGACUCCUGGUGCGUUGAUGUGGUCAAAUCUGUGAGACAAACUCAGCGCAGUGAAUGCCAGAGAGAAAUGUGUAUUACUGGACGUUAAUAAACGUACUAAAGAAUUUAAAUACUA